CUAAACUUUAUUCAAGUGUUUUCGAUGGGUAGGUAACAAGAUAACAAGAUAUAAUUUUCAAUAAACCUGAUAAAACUGCUAAGAGAUACAGUAAUUAGGUUAGUUCACGUAGAUGUAAUGAACUGAUCGAAAAUGGCCAGAUAUUUCAUCUACCUUGCUAUUUUGGCAACAACUUUAAACUCAUGUUACUCACAAUGGGUUCCAGUGAUAGACAAAAAUGUUUUCAAAAAUUGCUCAAGAAUUUCUUUUUGUUCAAAUCUUCGACAUCACAUUUUGGACCAAGCUGACCAAUAUGCAGCCGUAAUCGACUCUUACACAGUGGAUAAUCAUGUCGUAACUAUUCCUAUCAAAAACGCUGACAAUACGUUGCAUCUCAAAAUAUCACUAUUAGAUGGCAACAAAGCUCGUGUGAAAGUUGAAGAAAUUAACAGCACCAGAUACGAAUUGGGCGAUCUGGUUAUCGUUGAAGAUCUGCAAGUAUUGCCUAUCACCACCAAGCUGAAAAAUAGCAGCAUAAAUAUCAAAUCAAAAAAUAAUGCCCACCACCAAAGAGUUGUGAUAAAACCUGGACCACCAUUCACCGUGAAUGUCUACUAUAAAGAUAGUCUUCGAGUAGUUCUGAAUGCUGAGAGAUUGCUCAUGGAAAGUCUCAACACAAGUCAAGUGUUCACAUUUGGUGUUGAAUUCGAGGAAGCAAGCCGUUUGUACGGACUAUUCAACCAUGCUUACAAGCUCGCUUUAGGUGAAACCAUGGACAAUUCUACUGACCCUUUCAGACUCAGGAACUCUGAUUCGUGGGCUUACGAAGCUGACUCGACAAUGGCUCUGUACGGAGCUAUACCAGCAAUCUAUGGACACUCCCAUGAUCGUUCUUCUGGAAUAUUCUUGCACAAUGCAGCUGAACAGUGGAUUGAUAUAACCUACAAAACUAGAAGUCCCUCUGCAUACUUUAUGGUCGAAGGUGCUGCUUUUGAUCUGUUUGUCUUACUUGGGCCGACCCCUAAAGAUCUCACUAGACAGAUGACAACUAUGACUGGAAGAGCACAUAUGCCCCAGCUCUGGACUCUGGGUUACCACCAAUGCAGAUUCUCUUACAAAUCCCAAGAAGACAUCAAAACAGUGGUCGCUCUCAUGGACGCCAAUGACUUCCCGUUCGAUGCCAUCUGGCUAGAUGGAGACCAUAGUGACGACAACAAAUGGUUCAUGUGGAAUCAUACCACAUUCACUGAUCCAAUCGAAAUGCAGAGGAAUAUUUCUGCUACUGGGCGAAAGUGUGUGUCUAUUUCUGAUCCACAUAUCAAAGUCGAUGACAAAUAUGCAGUGUAUGCUGGUGGGAAGAAAGACUACUUUGUCAAAUGGGCUAACGGUAGUAACUAUGAAGCGGACUGUUGGCCGGGGCUUUCCAGCUGGAUCGAUUUUUUGAAGCCUGAUGCUGCUGACUACUACGCCAGUUGGUAUGCUUUUGAUAAAUUCAAUGGAAGUACAGAAACUCUGGCUGGAAUAUGGAAUGACAUGAACGAACCAGCUGUGUUUGAUGACAGUAUCGAAAAAACACUACCCUUUGAAACCCUACAUAACGGAUCGGUUAAGCAUGGAGAUAUCCAUAAUAUUUAUGGAUUAUUACAGGUCAAGGCAACCCAUAAGGGUCUGCUCAACCGCGACCAGCACCAAAAACGGCCUUUCAUCCUCACCCGGUCCACCUUCGCCGGCUCCCAGCGGUACGCCGCCAUGUGGACAGGCGACAACUCCGCCACCUGGGAGCACUUCGCGAACUCGUACUCGGAGUGCAUGACCUCGAAUAUCUUGGGCAUGGUGUUCUGCGGGGCCGAUAUCGGGGGAUUCCUGAGAGAUCCAGACGACCAGCUCUUGCAGAGAUGGUAUCAGGGAGCUGUUUGGACUCCAUUUUUCCGAGGACACUCCAGUAGAGAAUCUAAAAGGCGUGAGCCGUACCUCUUCUCCUCUGAAGUCCAAACGGUCAUCAGAAAUGCCUUGAGGCUCCGCUAUCAACACAUUCCGGUCUUCUAUACGUUAUUCUUCGAGCACACCAGAACUGGAGAUCCAAUCAUCAGACCACUAUUCUACCAAUAUCCAGAAAUUUAUGAAAGAGAUACCCAGAUGUUGAUUGGUACUGAUAUUAUGUCUGUUGCGGUAACUAAGGAAAAUGUUACUUCAGUUGAAGUCUACAUUCCUGGAAAACGUGGAGUUGAUAGCUGGUACAGGAUUGAUAGAAACAAAACAUGGACCUUGUCUCUUGCGGGCGAAGUUGAAAAUGUUGAAGUCGAUAUUAAUAGUUCUCCUGUUUACUACAGAGCAGGCAGUAUCAUCGUUAGAAACGAUAUGAAAGUUAGAUCAACCACUGAAGCAGUGCAUACAGCCUACACUAUUUAUGUUAAUCGAAACCAAGUGAGUGUCUACCUGAUAAUAUUGAAAUUCUACAUUGAUUUGGAAAAAUUAUACCGGGUGUCCCAGAUCUCUGCAAACAGCCAAUAUCUCAGUUAUGCUGUUUAAAAAAAAGAUGGAAAGGCAGCUGGCAGAUUCUAUAAAGAUGACUUCGUUAGUUUCAACUACACAAAUUCCAACUACUUGUAUUUUGAUUUGAUAUAUGAUUCCAUCUAUAGUGGAAUUGAGUUUAGAAAAAUUGAUGGAGCUCCAGAAGGAAUUAAUUUCACUUUCAGCUCAUUGAUAUUACAUUCUACAUCGGAGAAUGGAGAGAAUGGAGAUACUGAAGUUGUAGAGACCAUAUACACGAAAACUGCCGAUGGAGUGCCUCUAGAAUCGAUUGAUAUUGCCAAGGAAUUGACCCUACUUGAAGGAUCUAGUCUUUUUAUACCGCUCGAGAAAAAAUGACAUGCAACUUUGAGGGAUAAUUAAUCAUGGAAAACAUUAAACAUUUCAAUUUUUUUACUUUG